UCCGGACCCGCCAAUUUCCCCAUAACUCUUCGUUUUUUUUUUUUUUUACUCCACCCCACCUGCCCCACCUCCUCUCCCUCUCGCCUGUCCCCUCUCCAUCCACCGGCGAGCCAUGCGCCGACGACCUUCACGUUCUUGAAUCUCAUCAAGGCCGUCCGUUUUCUCUUUUCCUUCUUUCUCGAUCGAUUCUCGGCCCUCCGAUUCCGCCUGAGAACCGACGACGAUGAUGAUGAAGAAAGAAAACGGAGACCAUCACGUGCACGUCUUGGAGAUCAACCUCAUCUCCGCCCAGGGCCUCAAGCCUCCCUCCGCCGCCCUCCGCCGCAUGCAGACCUACGCCCUCGCCUGGGUCGACUCCGCCCACAAGAUCCGCUCCCGGGUCGACAAGAUCGGCGGCGAGAACCCCACGUGGAACGAUCGGUUCCUCUUCAAGGUCCCGUCCGCAUUUCUCUCAAGCGAGACCUCCCAGGUCUCCAUCCAGAUCUAUGCCGUCGGCUGCUUCAGCGAUCACCUCGUCGGCACCGUCCGACUUCUGAUCAACAACUUUCUCGACGUCGCGUCCAAGGUUCCGUCGUUUACGGCCAUCCAGAUUCGGAGACCUUCUGGAAGAUUCCAAGGCGUGUUGAAUGUGGCCGCGAUGGUGAUCGACGGCUCGUAUCUGGCUCCGGCGGUGAGCGAGUUGUCUGCGGUCGGGUACCGCGACCUGAUGGGAAAGGGAGAAAGCUUCCGGCGCCGGCGACGCGACAGCAUGAAGAGCAAAUCGAGUGAUUACCCCGGCGAUUCGAAGGAAAACUCUUUCACUGAGUCGGCGGAGAACUCAGACGUCUGCGAGUCGGCGGCAUCAUCUCCGGCGACGCCAUUACCGCCUCUGAAGGAGCUGAACACGAUCACCGAAUUGGCGGGAACAACAAGGCAGGUGUUGAAGGCUCGUCCAAUGGACGGCUCGCGUUUCCUGUGCUGCUUGCUGACGCAGAGGAAGAUGCAAUACAGUCCGUCGGAUGAGAACGCGGAUGGAGCCCACAGCAGAGAAAGGUAAAAAGAAAGAGUAAAACGGUAAAAAAGUAAAAAAAAGUUUGACGAGCAUGGAGGUUAUUCGUGUGAAUAAUGCCGGUGGAGGGAUGAAGAUUAAAAUGGUAAUGAGAGAGGAUUAAGAGUAAGAGAGUGCAAAUUACGGAUUAAUGAGGAGUUUGAUUACGAGUAGCCAGAGUUUAGUUUCUUCUUGAUUCUAAAAUAAAAAUGUAGGAAUCAGGCAGGCACCGGUGAUUGUUGGCUUCUAUUAAGCGUGUAAAUUUGUAAUUUUGCUUUUUGUGCAAACAAUGUGCAAUUAGUCAUGCAGUAAUCUCAUCAAAUUCUCCUCUACUUUUGAGGUGUUUUAAUGACAA